AUGGGAGGCAAGAACCGGAGAAGAGGAAAGAACGAGAACGACGAUGACAAGCGCGAGCUUGUCUUCCGUGAGGAUGGGCAGGAAUACGCUCAGGUGACGAAGAUGUUGGGGAACGGACGAUUGGAGGCGACUUGCUUCGACGGGGAGAAGCGGUUGGCCCAUAUUCGGGGCAAGAUGCGGAAGAAGGUCUGGAUUAACCAGGGAGACAUCGUGCUCCUUUCGCUGCGAGACUUCCAAGAUGACAAGGCAGAUGUCAUCGUGAAAUACACCGCUGACGAGGCUCGCAAUCUGAAAGCCUACGGCGAGUUGCCCGAGAAUGCCAAGAUCAACGAGACGGAUACGUUCGGUGAAGAGGAGGGCGAAUGCACGUUCGAGUUCGGUGACGAGGGCGAGGUCGAUAUCGACGACAUUUAA